CUCUAUAUCGCCUCCUGCCUUUGUCUUCUCUUUUCUCUCCCUCUCCCAUCAUCCUCCAAAUUUCCAAAUUACCCUAAUUAGGGUUCCUCUCUCAUCGCUCAUCUCCCCCGCGAUCUAAUCUAGGGCUACGACGAUGAUGCAGCCGGCUAACUCCAUGGUCCCCCCUCCCAUGGCCCCGCCGCCGCAAUACCAGCAACAACCACCGCAACAGCCAUCUCAGCAGUGGAUACCGCAGUACCAGGUUCCUCCGCCGCAGCAACCUCCUGCCGCGGGGUACUACUAUCAGCAGCCUCAGGCUCAGACGGCUGCUGUUCCGCCGCAACAGCCGCAGCAGUACGCCGCUGGGCCGACGGCUCAGCCUCAGGCCAUUGUGGAUGAUGGAAUUCGAAGUCUGUGGAUCGGAGAUCUGCAAUACUGGAUGGACGAGCAGUAUCUGUAUAGCUGCUUUGCCACCGCCGGGGAGGUGGUCUCUGCUAAAGUUAUCCGCAACAAGCAAACUGGCCAAUCAGAAGGUUAUGGCUUCAUUGAAUUUGCUAGUCAUGCUGCUGCAGAAAGGAACCUGCAAACGCAUAAUGGCAAUCUAAUGCCAAAUGUUGAGCAGACCUUCAGAUUGAACUGGGCAUCCAUGGGUGCUGGUGAAAAACGUGAUGAUGCUCCCGAAUACACAGUUUUUGUUGGAGAUUUGGCAGCUGAUGUCACUGAUUACAUGCUUCAAGAAACUUUUAGAGCAAAUUAUCCUUCAGUUAAAGGGGCAAAGGUUGUUACAGAUAGAGUCACAGCUCGCACAAAGGGCUAUGGAUUUGUUAGGUUUGGUGAUGAAAGUGAACAGAUGCGUGCCAUGACUGAGAUGAAUGGAAGGUUUUGUUCCACUAGGCCCAUGCGAAUUGGCCCAGCUGCUAACAAACAAAAAGUUGGCAGUCAGACAAAAGCCUCGUACCAGACUUCACAAGGAACUCCAAGUGAGGAUGAUCCAACUAACACAACUAUCUUUGUUGGGAAUUUGGACUCAAAUGUCAACGAUGAGCUUUUAAGGCAGGUGUUUGGACAAUAUGGGCAGUUGCUCCAUGUAAAGAUACCUGUAGGCAAACGAUGUGGUUUUGUCCAAUUUGCUGAAAGAAGCUGUGCUGAAGAUGCACUUCGGAUGCUAAAUGGAACCCCGUUGGGAGGACAGAGUAUUCGUCUGUCAUGGGGCCGUAGCCCUUCAAACAAACAGGUUGACCCGAACCAAUGGAGUAGCAGUGGAUAUUAUGGAUAUGCCCCUGGGUAUGAAACCUAUGGGUAUGCUCCAGCAGCGCAGGAUCCAAAUUUGUACUAUGCAGGAUAUCCUGGAUAUGGGAACUACCCACCCCCACCGCAACAGCAACAGCAGAUUAUGCAACAACCGCAGGUGCAUAUGUGAAAAUAUUAUGAUGCAACACAGGUGCAUAAAAAUAUUAAGUAUAUACAUUAUUUGGUAACGUACAUGAUGCUUUUUCCAUCAUUUUAGUUACCUUUCUCAGUUUCUACUUUCAUCUAAUUUUUGGUGGGUCUAUGAUAGAUUUUUUAUGUAACAGUUUACAUUUCCUUUAUUGUGUAUAGUACAUUGCAUAUAUUUAAAAAAUUUCAAGUGGUCCUUUUCACAAGUGCUUUCCAGAUCUAUGGCUCUGUUUUGUAUGAUGUUAGCAAUUAAACUAUGAUAAGAUUUUUAAGUAAGCUCUUUGUGGACCCAGAGUAAUUUAUUUCAAUUUUCUUACUUUUGAUGCCGAGUGAAAAAUCCAUACUCACUUUGCUGAGAAAUCGUACUUAGAAAGUCUGGGCUCGCAUUAUGUAAUCAUGUGUUUUUUUCUCACUUUACAUCUUGUAUUGAUUAAGAUUCUUGUCCGUAGUGAUCAUGCACAGCAGCUGUGGAGAUUAUCAAAGAUUGGCUGGCUGUUGGUUUAGUGUGCUUGUAGCAGUUACCAAAUAUGUUCAAAACUCCUUUUGGCUAAGAUAGUGUUUUCAACUGGAUGAGUAGUUGAACUAGAUUUGGCUCUGUUUUUCUUGUAACUUGUUUCUCUCUUAUGUAACGGGAUCGAAAAUACUUCUUCCUUAAUCUAUUUUGUGCCUGCAUUUUCA